GCUUCACAGAGCUCAGCAGGAGACACUGAGAUGAAUUCAAACAACUCAGUGUUUGGUCCGACUUUAGCACAGCGGCACAGUAAGGUCAUUAUCGUGCAGGUGCUGGUGGUGAUUUUUCUCUGCAUCAACUUGUUGCUGAUUGUGACCUUUUUUAAAAAUGAGUGUUUCCACACAACUGCUCGCUACAUCCUCUUUGCUGUGACGUUACUGUCGGACAGUUUCUUGUUCUUAGUGUCCGACCUUCUUUUCAUCUUUACCAUUUUUCAAGUCACCAUGUGGGUUUCAUUGUGCAGCUUCAUCUGCAUCAUUAUGGGCUUGUACCUCAUCGUCACACCGGUGACUCUCACAGCGAUGACGCUGGAGCGAUACGUGGCCAUUUGUAUGCCCCUACGUCAUGCGGAGCUGUGCUCCACACGCAGCACUGUACACAUCAUUCUCGUCAUUCACGGCCUCAGCUCUGUGCCCUAUGCCGUCUUUCUUUUCACCUUCUUUGCUUCAGCAUCUCUUGACUUUUACUAUCAAUACAGGAUGUGCUAUGUGGAGAUUUUAAUUGUGUAUAAAUGGCAGGAUCACAUCAGGUCAGUUGUGUUUCAGUUCUACUUCCUCAUCAUGUGUCUCAUCAUCAUGUUGUGCUACGCUAAAAUAAUGAAAGUGGCCAGAACUGCAUCAGACGAUGAUAAAAUAUCGAGCAAAGGACUCAAGACAGUGACUCUUCAUGCUUUCCAGCUGCUCCUCUGUCUCAUCCAGUUUUGGUAUCCUUUAAUAGCGUCCAGUCUAAUUCAUAUUGAUUUCACUGACUUACAACAUGUCCGGUUUUUCAGCUACAUAGUGUUUAAUCUUUCACCGCGGUGUCUUAGUCCUCUCAUUUAUGGCCUCAGGGAUGAAAUGUUUUUCACUGCAAUGAAAAAAUGCCUCUCCUGUGGCUUGUGAGACAGACAAUAAAAACAUUAAAAAUGUUUCACAUUUCCUUUAGUCAUUUAUUAGCUGUUAUAUUUUGUUAGAUAAUGCAUGUGAAACUACCAUUAAUGCACGAUUAUAUCCAGUAGGAGGUCGUAAAACUGCCAUUUAACACCACAACCAUCUACUAUGUAAUAGACUGUGUACUAAUUGAGGUUUUGUCUGCUGCUUUAAGAAAUGACUGACAGACCUGAUAUAAACAGAUUAUAUAACUUUUAUAAUGGACUGAAAUUUAACCUUUAACCUAAUGCUUUUGUCUACUACUGACUGAAAUUCAAGGGCCAAUUUAAAGUACAAAUAUUUACAUUGAGAAAAGCAAAUUUCUUGUCAAGCUUGUUGUCUCUUUUUGUUUGAUGUUACGUGUUUAAGGGGGUGGGGUGCUGUGAAAGGUCAGUGGGCUUUGGGGCUAAAAAUGAGGAGCCUAACUUAUACAAAAAGUACAUUUACUUUGCCACAUGAAACUUGUUACUUGGAGAUGACAAAACAAGUCUGAACUGGCAUUAUUUCAACAUGCUAACGUCCUCUUUAAUCAACAGAACUCUGUGGUGUUACGUUAAAAGGGUCUGGUGUCGAGCAAGGAAGCUGUGAGACACAAUGUAAUUCCCAACAUGUAAUAAGUUGCAGCAAUGAUUAAUUGAUUAAUCAUUUACUAUUUUGGUUUCAGCAUACAUGUUUAUCUGUGGAGCUAAAUGGCUGUAACUCAUCAUUUGUUACAUAGUUUAUAAAGUUUGAGGGAAACAUCUAUAUUAAAAGUGAACACACCAAUCACUGUGCAAACAUACAAGAACUGGUACUUUUCUUCGUUUUAUGUGACAGUAAUAAAGAAUGAGAACCUUUGAA